AAUUAAUAAUAGAAAUGUAACAGACUUUCAUGGAUAAAAAUAAAGAGUUAUUUUUAGUUCUUUCAGAGCUCUUUAAUAACCUUGAUUUCUCACUCGAUCAAGAUUGAGUUACAGCAGCGCUUGAUUUGACGUCAAACGUGUUUAUUUUCAUUUUUUUUUUUCAAAGACUUUGUAACUCCUACGGAUAAUGCGGCUGUUUUUGAGGCUGUCGUGUAAUGGACUAUGAUGGAGAUAUACAGCGUGCUUUUUCUGGACAAAACUAGAUUCUGUUUUUGUUUUACAGAUUCUUUUUUCUCUGAGAUGUCAUGUGUAUAUCUAGCUGCAAAGUAUAAAUAACAUCAUAAUGGUUUUAAGUGAAGUUAAUGGCCUGAAGUGAAAAACACUUUAUCUUGGUGUGUGAUACAAUGUACACCACAUCCCAACUUUUCCGAGCCAGACAAAAUACUAUCUGAUAUAUCUCCUUGUUUUCUGUUUGGAAGCCUCAGGAAUCUGAGGCUGAUAAAACUAGCUAAAUUUUAUUCAGGAUUUCUUUAGGAGUGAGCCUGCAGUGUGACAGCUAUUAAGGGUCUCCAGUCAGCAUGGCGCUACACCAGGGAUCCCUGGCCAUUCUGGAGAACAAUGUGGGGGUCAGUGAUGCCGUUCUCCUGGACCCGGUCUCUGAGGAUGCCUUUAUUGAGAACCUCAAGCUACGAUACCAACACAACCAGAUCUAUACUUACAUAGGGACCGUGGUAGUCUCUGUCAACCCAUACAAGACCACCCCUCUGUACACCCCAAGCAUCAUCGAGGAGUACCGAUCCAGGAACAUAUAUGAGCUCCCUCCCCACAUAUAUGCUAUUACCGAUGAAGCGUAUAGAUCAAUGCGUGACAGGCAUUUGGACCAAUGUAUUAUUAUCUCGGGAGAAAGUGGAGCAGGCAAAACAGAGGCCUCUAAGGUAAUAAUGCAGUAUGUGGCGGAGGUUUCCGGGAAAGGAGAAAACAUUGACACUGUCAAAGAGCAGCUGCUACAGUCCAAUCCAGUUCUUGAAGCAUUUGGAAAUGCCAAGACCAACAAGAAUGACAACUCCUCAAGAUUUGGAAAGUACAUGGAUAUAGAGUUUGAUUUUAAAGGGGAUCCGAUUGGCGGAGUCAUAACAAAUUAUUUACUAGAGAAGUCCCGAGUAGCAGUGCAGAUGGCAGGGGAGCGGAAUUUUCACAUAUUUUACCAGCUGUUGCAGGGAGCCAAACUAAGCACAUUAGAGUCGCUGAAGUUAACAAGGGAGAUAAAUGAUUACAACAUUCUAAAAAGUAGUGGUACAGGAGAUGUAGCCACCAUGAACGACCAGGAGAACUUCGAUAUAGUGAUGCAUGGUAUGGAGGUAAUAGGGUUUACGUCGGAUGAAGUGACAUCAUUAUUUCAACUCAUUGGAAGUAUUCUGAAGCUUGGGAACAUUGAAUUCUCCCACAGAAGUAAUGAUGAUGGGACGGAUGGCUGUGAUUUGAGCAACACCUCAGCACUAGAUGAUGCUGCAGCUUUACUUGGAUGUUCAUCAGCUAAUCUGAGCCUGGCCUUGACACAGAGGUCAGUGGAGGUUAGAGGUGAAAAGGUCAAAAGAGAUCUGAGUGUCAAUGAUGGGAUGUAUGCAAGAGAUGCCUUGUGUAAAGCUCUGUACAGCAGAAUGUUUUCUUGGCUGGUUGCCAGAAUUAAUGACAGCAUCAAAGUGACAUCUGGGUCAAGGACAGAGGUCAUGGGUGUCCUUGACAUCUAUGGAUUUGAAGUGUUUGAGCAAAACAGCUUUGAACAGUUCAUCAUCAACUACUGCAACGAGAAGCUCCAGCAGAUCUUCAUUGAACUGACCUUGAAGGAGGAACAGGAGGAGUACAUCAAGGAGGGUAUUGAAUGGAUUCACAUAGAGUAUUUCAACAAUUCAGUCAUAUGUGAUUUGAUAGAAAAGCCUCCCAUUAAAACCAGUUCUAACGUCGGUAUCCUGGCACUGCUGGACGAGGAAUGCCUGAGGCCGGGGAACGCCACCGACCUGACCUUCCUUGAGAAACUCAACCAAGCAUGUCAGAACCACCCCCACUACGAGAGCAAGGCCCUCAAGAAGUGUCAGAAUGACAAGACGCUCAGUCACGGCACGUUCCGACUCAAGCAUUAUGCUGGAAAUGUGACCUACAAAGUAGAUGGAUUUUUGGACAAGAACAAUGACUUGCUGUUCCGUCAUUUGUCUCAAGCCAUGUACCAAUGUAAACACUGUCUCAUGAAGGGACUCUUUCCUGAAGGAAAUCCAUCACAGAAGUCUUUGAAAAGACCUGCCACAGCAGGGUCUCAAUUUAAGAUAUCUGUAACGGAACUGAUGAAGAAUUUGCUCUCUAAGAAUCCAAACUACAUCAGAUGCGUCAAGCCAAACAAUUUAAAAGCAGCAGACAACUUUGACGAAAAUCUAGUCAGAUUCCAAGUCCGAUAUUUAGGCCUUAUGGAAAAUGUUCGGGUGAAACGAGCUGGCUAUGCCUUCCGGCAGGUGUAUUUCCAGUUCCUGUAUCGUUACAAGAUGUUAGCAGGCCCCACCUGGCCACGGUGGGGAGGGAAGCCCCAGGAGGGGGUCAGGAUUCUCCUGGAGGUCCAAGGAGUCCCACAAGAUGAAUAUGCCUUCGGCAAAACCAAGUUAUUCAUCCGAAAUCCUAAAACUUUGUUCGACAUGGAGGAAAAGCGCAGACAGCACAUGCAUGUUUUGGCAACAAAAAUCCAGAGUGUGUACAAAGGCUGGAAGCAGAAAACUCUCUAUCUCCUGAUGAGAAGAAGCCAAAUCAUCAUCAGUGCUCGGUUCAGAGGAUACUGGGGACAAAAAGUCUACAAGAAGACCAAGUCAGCCACGCUUGUGCUGCAGUGUUUUGCCAGGGGUUGGAAGGCAAGAGCUUUGCUUAGAAAAUUGAAGCGUGAGAAACUUGAAAUAGAGUCUGCCAAUGUGAUCAGAAAACACUACCUGGGUUGGAGAGUACGGAAGGAGUACCAGCCAAGAUUUAGGAGAAUUGCUGGUCCCAAGAUAUCCCGAUUCUUUGUCGUAGCUCUGCGAAAGAAGUUCCUGCUGGAUUUAAAAGCCAAACUCCCUAGUCUGUCCCCCAUUGAUCCUGAGUGGCCAGCGUGUCCACGGAGGUUUCAGGCGGCUUCUGACCAACUGAAAGUGAUGUACCAUGCCUGGAGGUGCCGGAAAUACAGACGAAAAUUUAGUGAAGCCGAGAAAUAUAAAAUGAAGGAAAAGUUGAUGGCAAGUGAACUCUUCAAAGAUAAAAAGGAGGGUUACGCCAAAACUGUACCAAUGCCUUUCAAGGGAGACUAUCAAAACCUACUAGCCAAUCCAAAAUGGAAAAAGUUACAAAGCCAAAUGCCCCAGGAUAGCCAUAUUGUGUUUGCAGAUGUGGUGCAGAAAAUCCAUCGUGCUAAUGGAAAGGCAGUAGAACAGUUACUGGUGAUGAGCUCACAGAACCUGGUUCUGGUGGAGCACCACAGCAUGAUGGUCAAGUACCGGAUCCCAAUCACCGACAUCUCGGCCAUGUCUGUCAGCCCUCACCCAGACAAGAUCAUCGUGUUCCAUGUACAGAAGCAUGAAAAUGGUGACGGAUCAUGUAAGAAAGGAGACUUUGUGUUUGUGUGUGAGCACACUAUUGAACUUGUAUCCAAAGCUUGCCUUGUCAUCAAAAACAUAAAAGACACCUUACCGGAGAUCCACAUAGCACCAUUGUUGAAAGCUCAGUUUGGAAAAUCGGAAGUGCAAUUGUCUUUCAAGAACGGACUAACAGAAAAUCUCCCAGGAGGCGUCAAAGUUGUACGCAAGAAACACACCAUGGACAUCCUGUACAAUUCUCCCACACAACAAUCAAGUUCCGGAUCUUGAUUAUUAUUAUACAAACUUCAAAAUCAUUCUUCCCAGACAUUUUAGACUUUCACUUACUCCCACCAAUUAAAAAGAAAACCCAUUUAAACAUCAUCCAUUUUCACAUUGAGUCGCAUUGUGAUCAUCAUUCCAAUCGAAAACUUUGAUGGCUCCCAAGUAUAUAAAACUGCUUCUGAAGUAGUUCUUGCAAUAUAUCAUUGGAGAUAUGUUGUUAGCCAUUGCAAUGUAGAUUCCCAAUUUUUCAUUUGAUAUAUGUUUGAACCAAAGAGAAGGAAGUGUUAAUGGUUAGAGAAAUGAUUCUACAAAUUCAUGUUUACUUUUGUGCUUAUACUUUCACAGAAGUGAAACUCAUUUUGUUGUCAAUGUUUACUUUGUUAAUUACUUUUUUGUGUGUCAUGUUUGAAUACAUGUAAUUUAUCUCAUGUUUUUUUUUUUCACUGGUAAGUUGUAAGUUGUAUGAAUGGUUUAAUUCUUGUGUUUUGAACUCAGAAAUUCAAACUGCAUGUUUUAAAAUUUGUUAGAAAUGUGAUUUUAGAUGAAAAAAUGUGGUUGGAUGCAGGACACAAACCCAUUGCUUUUAUUUGUUCAUGUAUAGUGUAUCAUGCAUCUCUAAUAUUUAUGUCUGUGUGAAGGUACUGAAGGAUUUGGGAGGUGCAUUUACUGUACUUCAUGACAAUCUAUGACUGUCAAUAAUGAAUCGAUAAAAUCAUCAAUGAAGAGCUAUUUUAUAUAUUCAUGUCUGUGUGAGUAAGUUUACUCCAUCGUAAAAGGUCCUGCUGUAGAGAAGUUGUGAAGGCUGCCUUUAGAUUUAUAGAUGAUUGACUUAUUUGAAACUGUAACACAAGUCUGCAGCAGCAAAUUAUGAUCUGAAUUAUUUUGUGGUGUUAUAUAAAUUGCUUUUUACAUUAUUAUACAUGUAGAACUGCGUUUUCUUAUUUCUAUUUUGGUCCCGGUUUCUGUUCAUAGGGUAAUUAAGAACGAACACAAGUGGUACUAGCUUAACAACUACAUUUUAAGUAUUAAAGAUAUGGUAAUUGGUGCUCUUACUAUUUUUCACAGUAUAUAUUCACAUAUAUUUAAACCUUUUAGAUUCGUUUCUUUUUAUUUUAUGAUUUUUAGAUCUGCCUUAAAUGGAUUUUUUUGUCUCAUGUUAGUGCUUUUAUUGUUUGUAUCUGUUUUUAAAAAAUUCAGUAUUUGAUUUUACAUGACCUUUCCAGAUUCAGUGACAAACUAUUUUAAAAAGCAGUCCAUAGAAAAAUUUUGUGUGUCAUGUAAUGAUUGUUGUGAACAGGUAUUCUGAUUUGGUUUCAAGUCUUUGACUAAGAUGCCCUCUUGGUGUUAUAUGAAAUAAUUUGUUUUUUAAUCCAGUGUUAUUUUUAAAUAAGCCUACUACAUAUACCAUGUAUAGGAUAUAAAUGAACACUGAUUUUAAAUUUUGGAUGUUUUUUUUAUUGUGGGUUUUUUAUAUACCGGAUUCUUUUUGAUUUGAAUUCUAACUAAAAAUACACUAUGUCUGUGUAGUAGGUUAGGCUAUGUUUAUAUUUCUAUGGAAUUUUUAAUUUGCUCUUGGCAGAGAAAACAUUCAUGCAUGUUGUAUUCUCUGUAAUUUUAGGAAUGUGAUAUAUAACUGCAUUGGUUCAAUGAUGGUUUAUGGUUUUGGAAUACCAAUUCAACUGCAAUUCUC